CGGCGGAAAAAAAAAAUGGGGCAUUUAAACGGAUGAAUUGCAAUCAAUAACGCUUGGCGGGGUAAUUCGCGGUCUUUCAAAGCGCAGCAGCAUGAGUUUCACUGUCAGUCAGAGUCUGCAGGAGAAGCAGCGAUUCAAACCGGAGCGAGCCCAUGACUACAUCUAUGAUCCUUUGUAUUCAGUAGCUAGCGAGAAGGAUCAUGCCAAGAUGUCCAUGAAGGCAUUCACAUCCGUUAACAGAUUAAAAAGAGUACCUGACUAUAAGACCAUGUUCAGUAAUUUGCAGCGUUUCCCAAGCUACACCUUUCAACUAGAUCGUAAUGACCCUGUCCCGAAAUUUGUUGAUCAACGCUGGAAAGGAUGUGGAGAAAGAAAACAAGAAGCCAUCAAGCACCUGGCAGCACAUGACCCUUCUCUUAAAAUGCAGUUACAAAUACAGCAAGAUCCACAAGUGAGCGGUAAGAACCGGUACAAGUAUUUCACAAGACCCGUUAUUCCCUUUGUACAACAUAUACCUGUGAAUACAAUUCUGGAUGUGCCCAAGGGCAGCUCCCCAACUAAUUUUGAGGAAUUGAAUGAUCAAUUUGUACCUUUACGGACGGUGGGGGUACAAACAGAUUACCGGGACAGUGAAACACAAACUGAACCAUACUCUCCAGAAUAUGUGGUGCGACCUGGAUCAGCUCCUGAACUCCUUACACUUGCUGCAUUGAAAUUUGGCCGAGGCUUACCAGCAGGCUUAGCGGAAGUGGAGAUGAUUGAACGUGCACGAGCAAAGCGUGCUUGGGAAGCUACCCUGCCUCCAUUGAGUGAUCACUCACAACAUGAGAAGAGGAAGAAGAUGAUGGAGGCUAUGGAAAGAAAUGAGUGGGCAUUUCGGGAACAAGAAAUUGAAAAGCUUCAGGAAAUUCGACUGGAUGUUUUGAUGAAUUUGUUGAGCCAACGGGAAGCAAAACAACAGGAAAUGAAUGUAAAACGGGUUGAUGCAAUUUGGUCAAAACUUCAGCAAAAGAAAGGAAUGGCUAUAAAGAAGAUAAGAUUAGAGCAUAUUAAAGAAAUAAGAAAGUUAACAGCCAAGAGGAGAAAUGUGGAGGGGACGCUUGAACGGCGUAGCCUCAUACAGGACUAUGCAAACUAUGGUUCACAGGUUUAUGCACCGAUCUCUCGAAUUGGCCACUUUCCAGACCAGAAUUCAGAGCGUUUCAUUGUGAAAAGUCAUUUUCUAUCCACAUUUAAUGGUAUACUAGAGUUGGAGGAAGCUUUACCAGAUUUUGUUACUCAACCGCGCAUACAAAUUCGGAGACCAAGAAAUACAACAAAGGAUGGCCUCUUGAAGUACGCUGCUCGUCGAGAGAUGGAGCUGGCUAAAAUUCACAAGGCUAUACGGGAAGCAAGAUUUAAAGGAGAAAAACCAGAAAAACCACUUCGCUUUCUGUUCAAGAUUUUAAAACCUGUUCCUCGUCCUCCAACACCUACAGUGGAGCCACCAUCUGAGGGAGAAGAGGAAAAUUAUCUGGCUAUCAUUUAUCUGCAGAAAUUAAUAAGAGGAAGGACUGUGCAGAAUAUGAUGUUUGAAGGCAAGGAGAAGCGUAUAGAGCUGAUUCAGGAACUUCGCACCACUCAUGCCCUCCAGGAGGACAGACAACUACUAAAGCAAGCAGAAAUGCAGGCUAUAUUGGCUUUGCAACAUGAACAACAUCUAAAGCAGCAAAAGCAUUCUACAAUGGACGAUUAUCUCUCACACAUUGAAGGCCGUGUACUCGCAGACAUGUUUGACUUCCUGAAUAAGGAGCUGCUGCGGCUGCAAGAGGAACGACGCAUCCAUGCAAUUGUUAUGUUGGCCGAGCGUCGCCGUCGCAUCAGAGAGGCAGAAGAAAGUGGCUUACGUCAAGUAGAGGAGAGACGUAGAAGGGAAGAGGAUGAAAUUUUCAAAGAGGUUGUUAAAGUACACCAGACCACAGUGGACUCUUAUUUGGAAGACAUCUUGUUGAAGUCUGUGCAAGAUACAGCAGAGGAUCAAGCACGCCAAGAGAUCUGUAAAAUGGCUGAUGAAAUCAAUGAUAUUGCCUAUGAAAUUGAACAGCACCGGACCCAUUUACAAUCGGAAGAGAUUGUUUCAGAAUUGGUCCACAGCUUCCUAAUUCCAGAAGUGCACAAAAUAAUAAUGAGGGACAGAGUAAAACAAUUCCAAAGUAGGCAUCUCCUUGUUGCCCACCACAUCAUUCAUAAUGAGGCUGAACGUAUUAUGACAGAUGCAGCUCCAUCUGUAUCACCAUCCAGCAGUGCUGCAGCUGAUGUUAUGAAUCAGGCACUGAAUGAGGUUGAGAAAGAGAUGAAGAAGACGUAUGGAUCAUAACUAUUUACUGCGAUUAUUUCAUCCACUACUCUGAAUAUUUAAGAAAGAAAGAAAAUAAGAAGUAACUUUAGAGUUUAUUUUGUUCUUUUUAACAUGCACUUUAUCCAUGAGCUCUUUCACUAACUAGAAAUCCUUAAAAUAAUUAA